UCUUACACAAAGUAGGGUGGGUUAAACCCCUUGGCCAUCUGUCUGUCACCUUACUUGAGCAGCGAAAACAGCAACACAACCACACAUCAUGACAGCAGACAGUGCCCCAGAGCCUCUGUCUGCGAAGGUGGAAAGCUCAUUUGCCUAUUACACCAUAAAUGCUCGACUGCCUGUCACACUAUCACAAAUAGCUGACUCCUUGUACCGGAAGAAGGAUAGUGUCAAGACCUUAGGACAAGAAGCCACAGACGACCUUAAAACCAUUAUUGGCAAAGUUUCCAAACUCAGAUAUGAAGUGCAGACAGACAAACCAAUUCAGCCACUUGAAGGAGAUGCGCCUGAUGUGGUAAUAUGGAAUGCCGAGCUUAAUGCUAGGACUGAUGCUAACAAUGGUGAACCUCCAACAUGGUAUAGUGCACCAUGGCUGUAUGUUGAAUGCUACAUGUACCGUGCCCUUUGUGACUAUGUGAAGACAUCAAAAAAGCUUCAAACUUAUGAUCUAUUUGCUGACCAGAAGCAGACAGCAUACCUGAGUUCUGAGGCUGCCAUUGGCUCUCUGCUACUUUACCUGAAGGAAGUGAGCACCAGUCUGGAGAAAGGAGAGGGAAAUGGUGCAGCUGAACUUUUUGCUCAGUUUUUGCAAGUUGCGCUUUGGGGAAACAAGUGUGACCUGUCCAUUACUCAGGGAUUGGAAAACACACAGAAACACUGUAUUCUAGAACAAUUAACCCACCUAAAACCUAACAUUCUUGCUGAUGAAACCCCUGCUAUUUUGGCAGCCUUAAGCAGUGCUGUUUCUAGCAGGAAUGGCCAGUCUGGGCGGGUGGACAUUGUCUUGGAUAAUGCUGGCUUUGAACUGGUCACUGAUCUUUGUUUUGCGGAGCUCCUGCUGCUUUUAGGCCUUGCAUCAUCUAUCUGCUUUCAUGGCAAGGCAAUGCCAUGGUUUGUAUCCGAUGUCACUAAAGAGGAUUUUGUUUGGACUCUAAAUACCAUGGGUGCCUCUAGUAAUGAUGCAAUAGCUCACUUUGCAUCCAGAUGGAAGUCAAGGUUGCAAGAUGGCUCUUGGGUGCUAAAAUGUGACCACUUCUGGACACUGCCAUAUGACUUUAGUGAAAUGAAGAAACAUAGCCCAGAAUUGUAUGCAGACUUAGCAAAAGCUGAUUUGAUAUUUUUCAAAGGAGAUUUGAAUUUUCGUAAGCUUUCUGGUGAUAGGCAGUGGAACCCUGCCACACCUUUUUCAGUGUGUCUCCGCGGUUUUAAUCCAGCGCCUCUGUGCAGUCUCCGAGCUCUGAAAGCAGAUGUGGUCACAGGCUUGCAGGAGGGACUGGCAGAAGAAAUAAGCAAGAAGGAUAAAAAGUGGAUGAUUAAUGGGAAUUGGGCCACUGUUCUUUUUUGUGGAGAGAGGCAUUCCUGACUCUUACCCCAGAAUUCCAGUUCUGUUUUCUUUCGUGUUAAUUGUAGACCUUGCUCACACAGGUCAACUUGUGAGUGUAUUGCAAGAAUUGUAGUACUUUUUUUUGGUGUUCUUUUUCUGUCUUUUUGGUUUUCUAUCGGUGAUUUUUUGCACAUUGACACUAAAUGUUUUCAGAAUAAUGAGAAAUAAAAUAUGCUGCAGUAAUUUAAAAUUUUCUUUUUGUCUGAUUUAAAUUUUAUUGAGCUAUUCAUGCUUAACCAUCAAAGUGGUGCACAUCAGCAAAUGUCUGUGCAAAGAUUGAUAUAAUGCACAACUAAUUUGUUCAGAAAACUAGCAUUUAUUUAAUAAAGAUUUGAAAUACCA